AUGGAGGAGAGUGGGGGGACAUCUGAAGGGGGGUCAGAGUCGCUGCUGGAGGAGAUGGAGCAGGGGAGCAUCAGGUGAGCCUCCUGUUUUGUGUUUUUGGUUAUGGGGUGUUUAAAAAUGGCAAAAAUUUGAAGCUAUAAUGGCAGGGAUUAUUUUUGUAAUGUUAAAUGUGAGGGGGAUAAGGGAGGAUGUGAAGAGAAGGGCGGUCUUUGGGUACUUAGAAGGUGUGGGUUUUGAUGUUUGUUUUGUACAGGAGGUUCACCUAAGGGAUAGUUGGGAUGCAAUAAAGUUUAAGAGGGAGUGGGACAAGGGAAAGUCGGUGUGGGGCAUAGGGGGGGGUUCACUCAUCGGGGGUGGGGAUACUGUUUGGGAAUAGGGAGGUGAAGGUGGAGGGCACGUUUGUGGUUAUGCAGGGUAGAGUACUGGGAGCAGAUGUCACGAUAAGAGGGAGUAGGUAUAGAGUUAUUGUGGUGUACGGGCCACAGUUGGUGGCGGGCAGGAGGGAGAUGGUGGACUGCCUGGCGCCGCUGUGUGCUACAAAUAGACACUUGGUAAUAGGGGGGGGAUUUCAAUAUAGAUAUAGGGAGGGGGAGAGAUAGCAGUACAGGAGCCAUCACCAGACUAAUGGCAUGCCAUGGUCUGGUGGAUGGGGCCUGCACACGGCUCCGACGAUGGCAUGGCCAACAUGGCGCAACUCUAGGGGUGAGUCGAGCGGAGGCUCAACUAUAUUUUCCUAUCCAGGUCUCUGGGUCAGUUGUCUGAGCGUUUGUUGCCUGUGUUCUUUUCGGACCACGACGGGGUGCUCCUGCAGUUUGGGGCACCAGUCUGCCUCUUCGGUAGGGGGUACUGGAAGCUAGAACGGGAGGUGCUGGAUGGGCAGGCUUUCGUCAAAGCUUUGGUUGAUUUUUUUAGGGGGCUUGAGGGCCUCCGGUCCAUGUGUGAGGGGGUGUUAGAAUGGUGGGAAAUAGUAAAGGUGAGGAUGAGGGUUUUUAUAAUAGGACAGUGGAAGAAGAAAAAGAGGGAGGAAAGGAGGGAGGUGGAUCAUAUCCAGAGGCUGCUAGAACUCAAGCUCGAGGCAGGCAACCUCGGCGGGUCGGUAGACUGGGAGAGAUCCACUGCCCUAAAGGCGCAGCUAAGGGAGGUUUUAUAUAUAGAACACGAUGAAACAUGUUCGGCCGAGUUCUUUAAAAUCAGUAAGUGGAAGACAGUAGGAAGGUAA